UUUGAAUAAUGAAUAAUUUCGUUACUUUCAUUUUGGUGCAAUUUCUAUUCACCAUUGGAUUUUCAACGCCGCUCUCCACCGAACUUCCUUCUUCAAACUGUAAAAUGUUUUGUGAACUGUGUCAAGAUGGUUUUUCAUUGAUUCACAAAAACAUUGAACAAUUUGAAUCAGUCACUAACGAGGAAAUUGUUAAAUUUAUCGAUCAUAUUUGCCAGCUUGCUCCAAAACUGGAUAUCAUCAACGUGGUAUGUGAAGUUGCGAAAAACGAUAUGAUCGAUGGAGUCAACAAGUUUUUGGAUUUUCUUAAAAACAACACGGAUCCCGUUGUUGCGUGUACUCGUCUCUCAAUUUGUUGAUGCCGAAAUUAAUUUCUCAAUGUUUGGAAAACUUGUUUCAUGACUAAUGAAACUUGAAUUUUUGUAAUAUGGGAACUUUCCAUGAAAAGAUUAAAAAUGUAUUUCCCAUAUUGACAGCUUACAAUGUUCUGAUAAAAUAAAAGAGAUCCAAG